AUGGAAUGCCCGGAAACAGUUCCGCAAGAGAGCCUUCCGCUGCCAGCCGAGGAACCACCAGAUUCUGACUUUGAGGAGACUCUUCGGAAUGCACUACAAGAUCUUGCUCAUCGUCUUCGGAGCAGCCACGAACGAAGUGUCAAGACUCGGAGCACGCUGCGGGAUGCUGGACAUGGUCAUGGAAAGCCUCCGGAGGUGCCUGGAUCUUCCCUGAACUCCAGUGAAGAGCCAGAAGCUCGUCAGCCCAGGUCUCAAACGAAUGUUUCUGCCCACAGCAAGCUCAGUAUUGAAGAACGGGUCAGCGUCACAAGCUUUCGACCCUUGCCGGAAAAGACCGACUUUCAUCUCCUGGAGGACUGGUCCAAAAAGCCCAGUCCCACAAUUUAUUCUGAUCCAACCCACAGAGAUAUCCAGCAAGUGAAUGCCAACAAGCUCAGGUAUUUAGAUCAUGAAAGUGAAGACGAUCAUCUAGACUGCAUUUCGCGUCGACUAGCACCCUAUAUGAUGACACCGGGAUGUGCGACAAGAAUUGUGUGGGAUGUGAUGUCUGCAAUUCUAAUCGCAGCGGAUGCAGUGCUCAUACCUUUACAGCUGCUUGUUGACGAAGGAGAUGGAUGGAUGGUCAUUAAUUGGAUUUUGCGUGUAUUUUGGACAACUGAUCUUGGAAUGAACUUCUUGAGAGGCUAUCCUCGGGGGGAUGGAUCGGUAGAGAUGAGGCCACGUCGCGCUGCGCUUCACUAUGUGAAAACAUGGUUUGCUUUAGAUCUUGCCAUAGUAUGCUUGGACUGGUUGGAUCUUGUUGAUCUUGAAAGCACAGAUGCAGCGAGAUUGGGAAAAUCCGUGAAGAUGAUUCGCUUUCUGAAAGUUGCCAGGCUAAUCCGAUUGGUCAGGUUUUCUCGUAUGAACGAGCUCAUUGGCCACAUUGCCGCUUUCUUUCGCUCUGGGAUGUUUCCUACCAUCAUGGGAAUAUUUAAGAUCAUGACAGGCAUGAUGAUAUUUUGGCACUUACUGGCCUGCAUUUGGUACAGGCUUGGAGCUGAUGCGGAGACCAGCGAAAAUUGGAUUGAUCACUUUGGCUAUGCUCAAAAAUCACUUGGUCAUCUUUAUUUCAUUUCGCUGCACUGGGCCCUGACCCUUUUCAUUGGAGCCAUGGAGGUCACACCGAGAAACUACGAUGAACGCGUUCUCACAGUUGUGGCACUUUACUUUAGCUUUUUCCUCUCUGCUGCAGUCAUCAGUGCGAUCACAUCAUCCAUGACCAAGCUGGAUUUGCUUACCGUUCAAAGGGAUUCCAAACUUACGGCAUUGAAGCAAUAUUUGUUUGAUAAUAACGUCUCUCCCUGCCUUACUUUGCGAAUCCAAAAGAGUGUGAUUAUGGCCAUUCAGGAGCAAGAACGCGAUGUGCCAGAACAAAAGGUUGAACUACUGAAUUUGGCUGCGGAAAGUCUCAAGAGUGAUCUCCACUUUGAGAGGUACAUGCCCAUCCUUGCUCAGCAUCCGCUUUUCGCAUUUCUUCAGGGUCUCGCAGAUGAUGUGAUGCGCCGCGUUUGCCAUUGUGCAAUCUCCAGGGUGUCCAUACAUCCGAGUGAAGUGAUUAUUUCCAACGACACGAACCUGGAACAAUCGGAUAUGUUCUUUCUGGAAUCUGGCACCGCCGUCUACAUCAGCUACCAAGGUCAUUUUGCUCUCAGUUCUCAUAGUCACUUCCCGUGGCUCUGUGAGCCAGCUCUGUGGACCCAUUGGACCAAUAUUGGCACUUGUGUGGCCAAGACACAUUGCUCGCUUCUACGGGUUGAUGGUGCUAUGUUUAGGCAAAUCGCUUUGAGUGCAGCACAUCCGGAUUUCCUGAAGUUCAUUAGCACAUAUUCGGACAAAUUCAUGCAGACGCUCAAUCGCCAAGAGCCAGAAGACUUGACCGAUAUGCAUGACUACCAGGACUUCGACCUUGAAGCGAUCGUCAAUGAAACGCAGAAUGUCACCAUGGCAGAUUCAGCAUCUCGAAGGGCUGCGAAGGUUUUCCUGCACAAGACGAAAAGGAAGAGCUGGUUUUCGCAACGGGCAACAGGGCACGAGAUCAAGUUUAUUCCGGGAUGGGAUUGCCAUGGACUACCAAUUGAGUUGAAGGUUUUGCAGAGUCUGAAGUCAAAGGACAAGAAAGGCCUUACUCCCCUGAAGUUGCGACAGCAGGCCGCAAAGUUUGCUCAGGAGACGGUCAAGGAGCAGAGGGCCUCCUUCCAGCGGUACGGCGUCUGGGGUGACUUUGAAUCACCUUACUUGACUCUGCUUCCAAAGUAUGAAGCAGCGCAGCUUCGCAUUUUUGAGGAAAUGGUGCGUGGUGGUCAUAUUUAUCGUGGAAGGAAGCCGGUGUAUUGGUCGCCUUCCACCCGAACGGCACUUGCAGAAGCCGAGCUCGAGUAUCCAGAGGACCAUGUCUCUCCAUCCAUCUACGCUGCCUUCAAGUGCACUCAGCUUCCGGAUGGCUUUUCUGGAUUCGAGAACCUUGAGUUGGCGGUGUGGACGACCACCCCAUGGACCAUUCCAGCAAAUCGGGCAGUCGCGGUAAAUCCUGAGCUCACGUAUUCAAUCGUGAAGGCAGUGUGGACCGAGUCUGAAAGGACUCCUCGACACUUGGUCGUCGCCUCUGGCCUGGUUGAGAGGCUUCAGGACCUCCUGAAAGCAACGCUCACUGUGGAAAAGGAGUGUGCGGGAGGCGAGUUGGAAGGCAUCAAGUACGAGCAUCCGAUCACUGGAGUUGAGACCCCACUGGUGAUGGGCGGUGACUACAUCACGACAGAGUCGGGAACUGGACUGGUGCACACGGCUCCUGGCCAUGGUGCUGAUGACUACUUGGUUGGUCAGAAGUAUGGCUUGGAGGUCGCUGCACCUGUGGACAAUGCAGGCAACUUUACAGAAGAGGUUGGCCUUGAGAGCUUGGUCGGGGCCAAUGUCCUGAAGGAUGCCAACUCCAAAGUCACCGACUUGCUGGAGGAGAAGAACUUGCUUUUGCUUCGGAAGCCGUACUCUCACAAGUAUCCUUAUGACUGGCGAAGCAAGAAGCCUGUCAUUACGCGCGCAACUCCACAGUGGUUUGCAAGCAUUGAUGGACUUCGUUCUAGCGUGCUUAAAGCAAUGGACGAAGUUCAGUUUAUUCCGGAGAGCUAUGCCAAUCGUAUGCGACCAAUGGUUGAGGGCAGGAGUGACUGGUGCAUUUCUCGCCAGCGGUCUUGGGGUGUGCCCAUUCCAGCCUUUUAUCGAAAGGAUACUGGCGAGCCACUUCUCAAUACUGACGUAAUUAGCCACGUUCGAGAAAUUAUCGAGGAAAGAGGGAGCAACGCAUGGUUCGAGCUUUCCAUAGCAGAAUUGCUCCCUGAGCAGUAUCGGGAUUCAGCCGAUGAGUAUGAAAGAGGCACCGAUACCAUGGAUGUUUGGUUUGACUCUGGCUCUUCCUGGGCUUACGUUGAAGGGGAGCUCGGGUCACCUGUCGAUUUGUACUUGGAGGGCCAGGAUCAGCACCGUGGAUGGUUUCAGUCCUCCCUUAUCACAUCCGUAGCUGUCAAUGGCAGAGCGCCAUACAAAAGCGUCAUGACGCACGGCUUUUGUGUGGAUGAAAAUGGCAGAAAAAUGAGCAAGUCAAUUGGGAAUGUGAUUGAUCCAAGAACCAUCAUCGAGGGUGGCAAGAAUCAAAAGCUGGAGCGAGCUCGAGGAGCGGAUGUGUUACGCUUCUGGGUUGCUUCUGUGGGCUUCGCAAGCGAUGUAUCCAUUAGCUUGGGAAUUCUGAAGUCCACUGAAGAGAAUGUGCGUAGAUUGCGAAAUCGAGCCAGAUUUAUUCUUGGCAACAUCCAUGACUUUGACGUGGCUACAGAAGGCAUCCCAUACGAGGAUCUACCAGUGAUUGAUCAAUGCAUCAUUCGCAGAGCAGAGAACGUCUUUGACCAGAUGAAGGAGGCCUAUGAUGCUUACUCCUUCAGCGUUGCGACCAAGCUCCUUGACAGGUUCACGUCAGUUGACUUGUCCUCCCUAUACCUGGAUCUAGCCAAAGACAGGCUAUACACAUCCGGGAAAACGAGCCACUCGCGCCGAAGCUGUCAAACCGUGUUGCGUUGGAUUCUGGUGAAUAUGACGAAAGCCAUAGCGCCGGUACUGUGCCACCUUGCAGAAGACAUUUGGCAAUUCCUUCCUCCUGGAGAGAAGGAAGAGAGUGUAUUCCUGGCUGGCUGGUGCAAGCCCUUUCCAAAAUCCGGGGAGGUGGGUGCUAGAGUUCAAGACAUGGACAACAUCCUGCAGCUGCGUGAUCCUGUCAACCAGGCUCUUGAGCGAGCUCGGGGCAACAAGAUGAUUGGCUCUCCACUAGACGCACAGGUCAAGAUCAUGGUCAAGAGCGAUUCUGAUCUUUACAAUGCCUUGGAACAAAUGGCAAAGGUUGAACAUCAAAGCGUGGAUGGCCUCAACUGGCUGCUAUCAGUGUCACAGGCGCACUAUGAAGCUGUGGACGCGCUGCCAGAGCUUCCAAAUGAGUCAGAUGAGUCCGCCAGCAGUGAAGACAAGGACCUUGGGGUCGUCGUCAUUGUGGCUCGUGCCGCCGGCACCAAGUGCGAACGCUGCUGGGUCCACACCACCAAUGUUGGUGACUGCAAGGAGCACCCAACCAUUUGCUUACGUUGUGCUGAUGUAGUGCAAGAGAUGGGCGCAGGGCACUCAGGAAAGCACCGAUUGCAGUACCUGAGUAGUGAGUGUGUGCAUUGUGCACUGCGUGCCCGUUGUUCUUUGGGUCUUGUUCUUCAUGUCGGCACCACAACAGCACGUCACGAUGCUCACGAUGCUCACCACGUCAUCGAUUUCACCGGUUUUGUUUGUCGCAUUUUACAUGGCACUUCACUUCUUUGA